UGUCUCCCAGCCCCGGGCCAGCCCUCUGCAGGCAUUUGCUGCGGGCUCCAAGACAAGCGCCCUGGGCUGCGACAGUGAACAUGUUCAGUGUCACCGGCGACAAAUACACGUCCAGGGGACCCCACUAGGCAGGCUGGUGUGUCGGGGGUGGGGGCAGGAAGCCAGGAGUGCAGUCUGACAUAGGUGUGUGCAUGCAUCUGUGUAGCUGGCCACACGUGUGUGUGCUUCAAGGAGAGACUUUAGUUUUGGUUUUCGUUUUGGUCCCUGGGGUGAAUUUUCUGCUGAACAUCUUCCCCUCUUAUUUAUUUAUUUAUACUUUUUUUUUUUUGCAUUUUUAAAAAAUCUGAAUAUAAAAAAGUGUGAGAAUCAAAACUUUGCAAAGACUGAGGCGCGCAGCAGCGGACGGCAGAUGGAUCCCGUGGCCAGCAGCUGCAUGAGGAGCCCCCACCCCCCGGCCCCGGGCUGGGGCUGCCUUCGAAAUCCCCACGCCGAAGGCAGUGGGGCCUCAGGGCUGCCCCACUACCCGCCAACACCGUUCUCCUUCCACCAGAAACCAGACUUCCCGGCGACAGCAGCGGCAGCAUACCCCGACUUCUCGGCCUCCUGCCUGGCAGCCACCCCACACAGCCUUCCCCGGGAGGAGCAUAUCUUCACUGAGCAGCACCCCGCUUUCCCACAGCCCCCCGACUGGAACUUCCCUGUCUCGGAGGCCCGGCGCAGGCUCAACCCGGGCCCAGCUGGGGGCUCCAGGGAGAUGCGGGCCCGCAGCCCAGGCCUGGUGGACACCACGGGAGGCCCCAGCGAGGACUACGAGAUCCUCGGGAGCACGGCCCACGAGACGGAGAAGAGGUCGACCAGACGGAAAAAGGAGAGUUCAGACACACAGGAAAGCCGAGGGAAGCCUGAGGGCGGCAGCAAGGGUCGCAAGGAGAGGACAGCCUUCACCAAGGAGCAGCUGCGGGAGCUCGAGGCAGAGUUUGCUCACCAUAACUACCUGACCCGGCUCCGGAGAUACGAGAUCGCUGUGAACCUGGACCUCUCGGAGCGGCAGGUCAAAGUGUGGUUCCAGAACCGAAGGAUGAAGUGGAAGCGUGUGAAAGGGGGUCAGCCUAUCUCCCCGACUGGGCAGGACCCCGAGGAUGGCGACUCUGCCGCCUCUCCAAGUUCAGAGUGAGAUUCUCCAUGGAGAGAGAAGGACUGAGGACUGAGCCCCCUGCCCAGUUACCCUGACCCCCAAUCCGACCUUCACCUUCUCCCACCCACCCCAGGGCAGCCUCUCCAUGUCUUGCAGUGAUUCUUAAACACAAAGCUUCCAGCAUCCUUGGGAGCCUUGAAGUCUCCCAGAAAGUUCUAUCCAGUUUUGCUCUGUCUCCGCAGCCCCUUCCCCAAGGCCUUUGCUUCCCACAGUUCUCAUGGAAUCCUACAGCAGCCCGACUGGACCCAAGUGGAUCUGGGGAACAGCUCCAGGCACCCUGCUGCUGGGGGUCUCUUGGCUGCUGCCCACCCCUCCUGCUACCACCUCCCUCCGACACCAGCCAGCCCUCCUCCAGGUCUGGACACCACCUGGUCUGCUGGGAGAGGAGCCUUGGGACCAGCUAGUGAGCUGUGAAAGCACGCGCCCCAAAGGAAGGAAAUGACUAGAACACACACACAUCCUAGACCACCCUUCCUUUCUGGGUUCCAUAUUGGAGGCUUUGGGGAGCCUUCAGUGGUCCCCAGACCCCAGGGAGAAGCAGUGUGAGGAGAGUUGAGGACAGAACUUCACUGCGGCCAAUCAGAAACCCAGUCCUUGUCUCCCAGAGCUGUUGGCUGAGUGGGCACGUUUAUAACACUGGCUGGAGGAAGACUGUUGGAAAAACAGCCUGGGGUAGGUGCUCCCCAUACGGGCCUGUUCACACUGGCUUGACUGGGUGGCUGAGAAGGGACCCAGGACCGCACCUGCCUCUUCGGAGUCGAUUCGAGGAUACAGCUGGGACUGCUGAGCCCCAGAGCCACGGAGGAGCUAUUCUUUUUAAAUCCACAGUUUGUGGAUUGAAAACGUAUCCAGAGCCUCCCAUUAUUGAGUCGAGGGCUGGAAAGUGUCCCCCGUGUUCCAACGAUGAAGAGAUCGUACUAGGCCCAGUGAGUGAAGGCCUAGAAGGGUGGAAGCCUGCAGUGGAAGCAUCCUGUGCUUUCGAGGGACCCUGUCUGCAAAUGGGGACAAAAAAGUCAAUCCCUCUUUCUCCAUGGGGUGCACCUGAGCCCUUCCAAUGUGUUCCACGAUUGCUGUUAUGACAGGACGAGCUGCUAAGUGUAUGUAUGGCGACCGCCCAGAUCUUCUGGGGUGACAGUCUGGGACUAAUGGCCAAACAGCUUGGGGUGACCCGAGCCUCGGCAAGAGACCCCCGCCGGCCUCAGUACUCCAUCGCCCCACACGAGCAGGUGUUGCAGAGGGAGGCCAGCAAGAGUUUGGAGCUCUUGAGUGUAGAUUUAAUCGCUCACAUGUAAAAAGAACCCCACCUCCCCAGCCCGAAAGGACAACCGCUCUGAAAAAUGAUUGCCAAGUGACAUGGCUGGUUAGAGCAUGUGUCAUUUUUUUUCUAAAGUGUAUUUCAUAUAUUUUCUUAAGAUUACAUCAAGUUAACAGUGCAAGGUUAAUUCACUUAGUAAGAAAAUUCUUGGAGAAAUAAAAUCAAUAAAAGAGCGUCGUUCCCAGGCCUUUUUCUUUGCAGAGCUAAGCCCCGCGUUCCCUCUGUGUGCGACCCUCUGAUGCUCGUGUAAUGAUCACCCGGGCAAUGUCCAAAAACAACGAAAAAAAAGGGAUGAAAUCAUUUAGACCAAGGCAUCCCCUUUUGGGUUCUUCAAAAUGUGGGGGUGCAAAUGUCAUCAUUGGAAAAACUAUGUUGUUCUCCCUUGCAACUGCAUUGUCCUCGUUUCCCCUUAUAAAAUGCUAGCUGUCAGUUUCCCUAACCUACAGCUUAUCAAAUCAUUGAAGUUCUGUAAACAAAAGAUGAAUUCUUUUGUUAAUAAAGGAA